AUGGCAGCUACAAGUGCUAUCAGCUUUACGCGUUACUUUUUUUAUGUUGGAAAUACGAUUAAGGCAGAAACGAAGACAGCCCUAGUUGCUCUCGCCUAUGCAACAGCUCGAACCGAGCAGCUAGCGCCAGAGGCCAUUCUUAUUCGAUCGGAACUACACGAUACUACUACAAUUGAUGGCAAACGUGUGAAAGAUCCCAAAGGCUGGCAUGGUACCUUUGCAUUCAAGGAUGGUGGGCAGGUCAAACGAGAAUUCCAUGUGGCAUCCCAUGGCUACACCAAUGGCAAAGAAGACUUUGUCUUAAAAGAGGCAUCACAUACCCCUCAAAAGGCGGACAACACCCCUCGGGGUGGUAAGGAUUCAGGGAAGGUUGUUUGGCCACAGGAGAAAUUUCUGGAAGAAUACGUUGAUAGCCCAAUUGCCUACUCACAUCUUCCAGCAAAAGAUUGA